CUGCAUGCACCCCGCGGUUGUCUCAAAAGAGGAACUCAGUGGCUGACCUGACUUGCGACCCUAAGGCAGAUUUCAAUUCUGCGGUGACAUCAUCGCGCUCAGCCACCGCCCACAUCUCGAGUGUAACAAUCACUCCUUGGAGUCUGGUAUUUAGGCAACCAAGACUUCGUCUGUUGCCUGACCAUAUCUAUCUGCUACCGACUGAGCAACAACUAGUAGCCCUACUUACUUCAAUAUGACGAGCGAAUUUUUCAGCAAUGCGAGCUCGACCUUCGCAGGCUACGACAUCACAGACGAUCAGAUCAAUACGCUCAAAGGUUGUCUCGAAGGCAUCAUCACUACGACAGAAGCCGCCAGAAAGCUGACAGCGCAUCCUGAAGCCUCUUCCACUCCCGUCGAGUUGAAACAAAGGCUUGGUGGGCUUUGGACGCUCUUGAACGACACGGCAGUCGCACUACCGUCUGCGCAACCAGAUAUUCUAUCCGUCUUGCAGAAAAUCCGAACGCUCCCGAAAGCAGAAGAGCCAAAGGGAGAAGGAGAAGAGUAUAUCGAACUUGACGACGGCUUCUUCUGGAGAGAGCUCACAGAUUGGGCCAAUAACUGGGCGGAUGCCUUCAACAGCCACGCCGCACAGUUCCUUAUCGAAAAACAUGCAGACGACCAGAAGAAAGCGCAACGAAAAGCUGCUUGGACAAGUGCGUGUGCGUAUACCGCCCGCCUCGCUGCAACGGGUGAUGAUGCGCUUUCGUCGUACGGAGGCGGCCUCGAUCGUGCCUCACGCGCUAUCGCCGAAGCCUUGGAAGUCGACACAGGUGACAAAGAGCCUGAUAGCCUCGAAGCCGCCGCAAACCUGUUCCUCUACGCUUCAUCUGAGCUAUAUCAUCGCUGCAAGGAGGGUCGGACCGACGGCAUGUUGACCAGCACGGCUGGGGUCUGGCAAGGCGAGGAGGGAUUUUCCGAAGCGCGCUGGAGAUUUUGGACGGAAAGGUGGACUGCCUUGGCUGGACUGCCUGGCAUCUCCGAGCAUGCUCGUGCCGUUGCUAGGCAGGCUCUCGAAGCUAUGAAACGAGUUGAAGGAACUGGGUCUUGAAAGCUGUAGCAUCAUGUGCCAUAAAACUGUCGGCGACAUGUAAGCCCGGCUUAGGAUAAAUGUUUUAAUCCACUUAGCUUUGAUUUGGGUUAUAGCCUAUAGCCUUGAGAUUACCC